AUUCAUAGUUUUUUAGGGGUCCAAUCACUCACUCCAGGAAGUGCUUCUCAUUCUAAAUGACCCUCCUCACAUAUUAAUUUCUUUCAAAACCCAGCUGACUCGCGUCGGUUGAACAUUUUUUCAGAUAAAUAUAUCUAUAACAUAAGAAAAUAAAAUACAAGAAUUAAAGGACAGAGACAUAAAUUUUCAGAUAAACGUCGAGAGAAAAUACAUUUGACAUGAAAAUAUAGCCAGGAAUGUGUUUCAACAGAGGCUGGCGCCGCAUUACAUAAACAAAACCUUCACUAGCGACCGAGUGCAUUGUAAUGGGUUAUAAAUUAAAAUUUAAAUGUAAACUUUUUCAUGUUUUGUAUGUGCAUAUUAAUUUUAUGAUGCCUUUAACAAUAUUUAUAUAGAAUGAAGUAGUUAUAUAAUCUUUUUUUUACUGUCACAUAAAUAAGGUUUUACGGGUGUCUGGCGCUGCGUCAGGUUUCAUCUGGUUGUACAAGGUACACUCAUAAACUGGUCAGCUGUAAGCUGUCGAGGGAGAAGGAUUCAGGAGAAGAGAGAGAGAGAGAGAGCACUUCAGUGGGAGAUCCGUUGAAAUCCGCCGAAAAAUCAAGAUUUGCGUCAUGUCAGAAUAUUGCACGAGAACCUUAUCAUGUUCACGGUGAAGAGGCAAGCGAAGUCAUGGAUACCGAUACAGGACAGGAAAAUAAAAAACUGUUUUAUCACCAAAAAACUAUCGAACAGUCCCAAGAAUGUAUUUAAAAGGCGAGCCUUUAAAUGGCGGAAACCUAAAUGCCAGACGGUUAACAUAAUCAUACCUCUCAUGAUCUUGAACUUUGCUGGACACACCAGCUCGGAGAGUCUUAGUAACAGAGUCCUGGCCUCACUCCUGGGAUACCCGACCACGUGUACUGUUGGUUCUCAAGUGCGAGCCUGUUCUCUGUCGCUGACUUGUUGGCUUCGCGGUGGCAUCAGGGUGAAGGGUUGCGGAGGAAGCUGGUUGUUCUCAUGCUGUUACACAGCCCGGGACAGCUAUGACUAUGAUAACUCAAUCCCCUCUUCCGACUGGAAAUACAAAAUACCGCCGAAGUUACGUCAAGUACCUCAGAGGAAUGUGGUGCCAACUAACGUGUUCCGACGGAGAGUCGACGACGACAUUAGUCAGAUGGAGUGCGGCCUCUCCUCAAGUCGCAUGCUCCAGAAGCGUAUCAUCGGCGGUCGGGAGGCCAGGGUCGCGGAGUUCCCCUGGCAGGCUCACGUCAGGAUCUCAGAGUUCCAGUGCGGCGGAGUCUUAAUAUCUCGUUGGUACGUGGCGACGGCAGCUCACUGCGUGUCCCGAGCUCGUCCUAGGGAUGUGGCCGUGUGGCUCGGAGCACUUGACACCACCUCUGGGGAUAAAAGCGCGAGAAAAAUUGGGGUCGUCCAGAAAAUCCUCCACCCCCUCUUCCAGUUUCGCAUGACCCAACCUGACCGGUACGACAUAGCGUUGCUAAAACUCUCCCGACCUGUGACCUACACUAGUCACAUCCUCCCGAUCUGUCUGCCCGACGGAGAUUUCGAACUCCGCGGCAAGUCAGGGGUCAUCGCCGGUUGGGGCAAGACCGAUACCAGCAACGGUCACACUGGCACUAACUUACUACGGUCCGCUACUGUACCGAUUUUGAGCACCGAACAAUGUAUCACCUGGCACCAGAGUAAGCAGAUCUCUGUUGAAAUACAUUCGGAGAUGAUCUGCGCCGGACAUUCAGACGGACACCAAGAUGCGUGUCUAGGUGACUCUGGAGGUCCCCUAAUAGUGUUGGACAGGGGUCGUUACUACCUGGCCGGUAUCACCUCGGCCGGGUUCGGCUGCGGCGUCGACCACCAGCCAGGGAUCUAUCACAACGUGCGGGUCACCGCUGGCUGGAUCAGAGACGUCAUCACCAGAUAUGGUGACCUCUAGGAACUAUUUACAAACAGGACUGAUUUAUGUGUUUAGGAUGGACUACGGUUUUUACAUAUAUGUAUGUACUGUACUUCUCAAAUUGUUUAUUUACGUAAAAAAUAUUUUUUUGCACAUGUAAUCUGACAGUUGUCGAACUGUUGAGCUUUAUGUAUAACAUAAUUAUUCUGUAAAAUCAUUAGUUCUAAAGGAAUUUGUUUUUCCCUAACCCAGAAUAGGUCGCUUGCUUUGUAUUUUCACAUUGUACAUUCCAGUAUCGCCGUAGCUUGAGGUUUGUCGCGAUGAUAAUUUAUUGUUAUUUAAUAAGGCAUUUCUUAAUAAUGUAAUUAGACUAAUGUGUGUUGAAUAUUUUUGUAAGCUCGUAUUAGGUUGUAGUUAUUUACUCGCCACCAGUGAUUGGCUGAUCUCUUUCGUUAUUCUUAAAAUCGAUGUCAGAAUAAAAAUAUUUAAAACAU